AUGGGGCGAGCUGCUGCGGCGGUUGCGGUGUCCUCGGGGGAAACGGUGACUCCGGUAUCCGAAGACAAAGAAAAUGUGAAUGGAUCUACAUGGAACCAGAUGGAUAGUACUCCGGAAAAAAACUUAGCUUCCCCAAAGGCCUUAAAAUCUCCUACCAUACUGAAGCAAAUCACUACUGCUAUAAACUGUAGCCCUCUAGCUAGUACUACGGCAGUUGUUUCUGAACCUGCUGAUAUGAAAAACAAGGGCAUAUCUUACAGUCAGACCUUCUUAUCCAAAAGAAAUAUGAAAGAGAAGCAGGUGAAAACAGUUGCCCCCAACCCUAGUGCAUGCCUUUCAGAGAAGCGUGUUCUUGGCUCAUAUCGUGGAAGGAUAGUGUCAUCUAAGAUAAACUCCUUUAGAAAAAUAUCAGAAAAUGAAGGUACGAGGUACUCUUUGGCUGCUCCUCCUAAGUUGGCAAUGAGGACUGGAUUCACAAGGAAUAGUACAGGUACAAAGAAUGCCAGAGUCACUGGCACAGUUAGUAAGGCUGCUGGUAUUACCUCACUUCAAGCCAGGCCUCCUGUAAAGGUGUCCGUUAGCCACCCCAAGACCAUUCUGAACCAGGAGAAACCAUCUGUCAAUAGUACAGUAAAUAAAGGGGCAGCCCAAAGAAACCCUAACAAAAAUUGGAAACCAGUGUUAAAGACUGGUCCACCCAAUGCUAGUAAUUCUGUGCAUAGAUCAAAGAAACCUGUUCCACCGAAAACUGAAACAGGAAUUUUAGCAAGACCUGUUUCUGAAACUCAUAGUACUGUAUCAGCUUCAAAAUCAGUUGACAACAGAAAAAGUAUUCCGGCAAAGCCUGCAGAUUUGAGAAGAACUCAACUAGCUGAAUGGCGGGCAUCAAAAGGGAUAAAGAAGGUGCCUGCUCCCAUAUCUGCUGAAACAGAGACACCACAGCAAACUGUAAAAGAACCAGUUGAAUCUUUCUGGGCUGCCAUAGCAGAAGAAGAUGAGCAAAGAUUAGUCAGCGAUAGAGUCAAUAAGACACUCACAGAAUGUCUGUCCUUAAUUGAGAAGGGUCAUCCAGGUGAUACAGUACAUUCCACUUUGGAAAAGCUGAUAAUGACAGUGCCUGGUGCAAAAAGGUUUGCCAAGUAUUGGGUAUGCCAGAUGCGUCUUGAACAGUUUCGCACCACUGAAAAGGUCCUUACUAUCUAUGAAAAUGCAAUUCUGGCACGAGCACAGCCUAAGGAUGAAUUACGUCAUGCAUUAGCAGAUGCUAUGAAGAUGAUCAAAAAUCUAUCUAAAUCUGAUGAUGAAUGUGUGAAGGAAGAAAACCCUUUAAAUCAUGAGGCAGAAGUUAAUUCAGAUGAAGGGAAGAUAGAAAAUGCUUUCAAGGAAGUCCACUUCAGUAAAAAUCUAGAGUCUAAUAAUGAAGAGACUUCUCAAAAAGCAACAGAAGCUUGUUUAAAAUCAGAAGAAGAGAGCUUUCCUCACGAAAAAAAGCAUAGAGAUAAAGAAUUGAGUCAGAAGCCUACAGUUAUUCAAAAAGCAGAGCAGAAUAGUGGCAAUGCAGAGAAAGAUCAAAUUUUGGAGCUUAACUCUCCUGAAAGUGGCAAUGCGGGCUCAUAUUUAAUUAAGUAUAAUUUGUCAACUACUCCUUCCUUGGAAAGGACAAAGAAAAAACUGCAGGCCGGAGCUAAUGAUUCUGCAGUUAAGGAUCUGAAAUUUCUAACUCCUGUGAGACGUUCUCGCCGCAUAAAUGAGAAGGUGUGCAAGUUGCCAAACAUGUUGAAAGAUCACAAUUCUUGUGUUUCAUCGCUUGAACAGCUUGGAGAAUUGGGAGAUGGAGGCACUGGUAUUGUCUACAGACAGAACAGUGCGCUGCACAAAGUAACUCUCCAUCAACAAGGGCAAGGAAAGGAACGGCAUGAUAAUACAGAAUGUAGCUCAGUGCAGACAUCAUGGCUCAACUCUAACCAUAGUUAAGAAAUCAUGGGGCUGUCAUAUCAAUUUCCCUCGGCCCGUCCCCCACAAUGGUUAAGUGUUACAUUUACUUGCUUUAACCAUGGGUAACACUAACCUAAUUCCUUUUAACCAGGAAAAGACACUUAAUUAGUUAGCAGAUGUAACCAUAUAACUACUUAAGGAUGUGGGGAGAGAGCACAGUAUUGUCCAUCUUCAUGAGACCUUUGUUUGAAUAAGUGUUUUCAAAUCUCAGCAA